AUGUCUGCUCUCCAAAUGACCUCAGAUGAUGUUAGCCUUCUCUUAGCCGCCCACUGCCACAUGGGCGUUAAGAACGUUGAAAAGGCCAUGGAGCCAUACGUCUGGAGAACCCGUAAGGAUGGUAUCAACCUCAUCAACUUGGGUAAGACCUGGGAGAAGCUCAUGUUGGCUGCAAGAAUCAUCGCUGCUGUUGAGAACCCAAAUGAUGUCGCUGUCAUUUCUUCUCGUCCAUACGGUCAACGUGCUGUUCACAAGUUCGCUGCUCAAACUGGCGCUCAAGCUAUCGCUGGUAGAUUCACUCCUGGUUCUUUCACCAACUACAUCACCAGAUCAUUCAAGGAGCCACGUCUCAUCAUCGUCACUGACCCACGCGUCGAUCACCAAGCUAUCCGUGAAGCUGCUUACGUCAACAUCCCUGUCAUUGCUCUCUGUGACACUGACGCUGCUCUCAAGUUUGUCGACGUUGCUAUCCCAACCAACAACAAGGGUCGUCACUCAAUUGGUUUGAUUUGGUGGUUACUUGCACGUGAAGUUCUCCGUCUCAGAGGCACCAUCUCCAGAUCUGAGAACUGGAACAUUAUGCCAGACAUGUUCUUCUACCGCGCUCCAGAAGAAGUCGAGGCUGAGCAAGCUGCUCUCGCUGAAGCCAAGGUCAUCGCUUCUUCCGGUGAAGGUCGUAACGCUGAUGCUGAGGCUGAAGGCGCUACUGCCAUCCCUGAAUGGGAUGUUCAAGGUGCUGCUCAAGCUGGCGCUGUUGACCCAACCGUCGCCGCAGGUAUCCAAUCAAACGAUGCCGUUGACUGGGCUGCUGAUGGUACCCUCGGUACCACCGACUGGGCUGCUGAACCAACCGCUGUCCAAGAAGGUACCGCUGCCCAACAAUCCUCUUGGGAGUAA